CAGGCACCAUGGCCUCUGAAUUGCUGCCCUCUGUGUUGUGCAGCUCCAGCGUGGUGUCCUGCAGUCAUGGCCUCAUCCCUGCAUGUACCUGUGCUGCUCCUGGCUGCCCUGGCCAUGACCCCCACAGCCUUAAAGUCCUACCUAGCUGGCGGCCUGCAAGAUACAGACAGUAACGCUGAAGAUGUGCAGCAGGCAGUGGAAUUCGCCCUCCAGGAGUACAACAGUAACAACAGUGACCCAUACCUCAGCCGCUUGGUGCGGGUGGUGCGUGCCCGUCAGCAGGUGGUGGCUGGCAUAAACUAUUAUUUGGACUUGGAGAUCGGCAGGACCACAUGUGCAAAGGACAAGUCCACCCAGGAUGACUGUUCCUUCAGUGGGGAGUCGACACAGCUCUGCUCCUUCGUGGUCUACUUCAGGCCCUGGGAGGACUACAAGGACCUGACAAGCUCCAGCUGUCACAGUGCCUGAGGUUGUGCUUUGGCCAGGCCACAACAACCACCCCUCAUCAGAGUUUCCUGCCUGUCCCCAACUCUGCAAUGGAGCCCAGCCCUGGUGCAGUCUCUUUGGUGCCUCAGCACCCGGGCUCCAGGGCAGCAGGGACACUCACGCGCUGUCCCUUCUUCCCUUUUCCUGUGCUUCUCAAUUGCACCUUGGGGACAUAUCUGGCCACCCUGCCUUGCUCAAUAAAAACUUGCACCAGC